GCCGUCGUCAAGCUCGACACUAGUCACCGUCAACCCGCACGGUCAGUACCACACGCCCAGCACUUGCUUUUCCCUUCUGAUCAAUCCAACUUCACCCAACGCCCGUCGCCCAGCAUGUCGAACCGCCCUUCUCCGACCCGCCGAUCGACACAGAGCUCGUGGGAAAUCGUCAGCGAAAGCACGCACACAAAGUCGAGGUCACCCCAACUCAACGGCGAGAACAUGUCGUCGAACCAAGUCGCAAACGCUUUCGCCAGCGACGGUUCCUCGGUCUCCCUCCUCACCUUCUCCGAGUUCGAGGUUGACAUUGGAGCCGUGGCCACGAACGAUGACCGCGAUCCUGGCUACGAUCCCGCCCACAUACCCCCGUCCAACGGCUCCACCGAGACAGCCAUGACGGACGGCACUCUGACCAACAACCAUCCUGUCCCGACCCCCUGCACGGCUGUCCCCGCCGCUCCCGCUGCCCCGGCUUACUCGCAGCUGACGGACGCCAAUAUGGACAUCCUCCAGCGCGAGCUGACCCAAGGCUGGCCGGCCAACGUGCAUGGCUGGAUCCAAGGCGCGGGCAUGGGCGACCGCUUGGUCCGGAACGUGUCCUUUGGCAGCGCGCUGACGGCCGCGAGUGCGUCACGCGCAAGCGGGAGCACCGUUGCGACGGCCGGGCUGGAUGUGCUGCUUCCGGCAGCGGCGGCCGAUGAGGUCAUUGCUGCUACCGGAGCUUGGUGCUUCGAUGUCGCGGGCCGUGGUAGGAAGUUCUCCAUUGUGAGUGCUGAGGACGACGGCGGUUAUUGAGCGGUGGUGCGCGAGGAGGGCGGGUUUGGCGAUGGGAUGAUCAAGCGGUGAGCUCGGGUGAUCGGCGUCGACCAGGGAUCGCCCGGGGACUCCCGCCUAGGUGGCGGGCGGGGGGUGGAGGGGAUAGCAGUGUGUUCUGGUCUUUCUUCCGUUCUUCUUUCUUCUUUUUCUGGACUGUUUUGGAUCAACUUCCUGUUUUAUGUGUUCUUAUUCCCGAUAUGUCAUGAACUGCU